CAGAGCAGAGGUUGCUUUGGUUGCUGUGUGAAAUCUCAGCCAAUAACAGCGGUGGAUGAGCCAUCGAAAGGCUUGCGAAUUCGAGGAAAACUGGUGAAGAAGCAUAACAGUUUAUCCGAAGAUUUAUGUAGCAGCAGCACGUUCGAGAUGGAAAACAGCACUGUUCAAUCUCAAAGAAGUCAGUCAUCUAUUAGUAGUUCAAUUCCGUCCAAUCAGAUGAACAAUGGCCAGAAUUGCAGCACUAGCAGCCAUCCUGAAUUUGUUAACCAUGGUUAUCUUCUUUGGAACCAGACAAGGCUUCAGUGGCUUGCAAGUAAAAAACCAGACGAGCAAAGGAAAGUCCGGGAGCCAGUAAUAACUUGGCAUGCUACCUAUGACACCUUGCUUGUAACUAACAAGCCUUUCCCUUGCCCGAUUCCUCUCGCGGAAAUAGUUGAUUUACUUGUGGAUGUUUGGGAGGAAGAGGCAUUAUAUGAAUAAUAGCAACAAUGCUGCUGACUUUGAGAGCUCUGGACAAGAUUUGUGUACAGUUGAGUUUUCCAUAAUGGAGAAAGCAGAAGAAAUGUGGUGAUGACUGAUGAUAUUUAAACAAUGGGUUUUCUCUUUUUGAAAAAAAAACUUAUAUUUUCUUUGAGAGAAAAAACAUUUUUUUAAAAAACUUAUAUUUUCUUUGAGAGAAAAAAACAUGUUUUUUUCUUCAUGGGGUCAAUUUCGUAACCGUUGGUGGUAGGAAAGAAGUGGGAGUAGAUAUUUCAACUCUCCCUUUAAUUUCAUAUUUGGGUGAGGUAGUAAAACUGUACACUUACAUGAUUAU